AUGGCAAGGCUGUUCGCUCCCUGCAGAAGAAACGAGAAGCAUCUUGUCACAAGCGAUUUCGCUCCAAAAAAUUUUCGGGUAGUCGGGUCGAAACCUACCGGUCGUCGAAACAACCAACGAGAGAUCGAAUAAUUCAACUCGGCAUUAACUUGUGAGUACCUCGUUAUCAACUACCUACUUUGUAUUCUCGUUAAUAGUAGUGCUCUCUGUAUAUACAUAUAUAUACAUGUACAUGUUCCGAGGCUAAAUUGAUAAGAUCAAUAGGUUAUAUAUAUAUCUCUUACAUAAGAUUAUAUAUCUAUUAUCUAUAUAGGUUAUAUAUAUAUAUAUAUAUACAUAUAUAUAUGUACAUGUACCGAGGCUAAAUUGAUAAGAUCAGUAGGUUAUAUAUCUAUUAUCUAUGUAUAUAACCUAUUAUCUACAUAGGUAUUAUAUAUUAGUAGGUUUUAUAUAUAUAUAUAUAUAUAUAUAUAUAUGUGUACAUGUACCGAGGCUAAAUUGAUAAGAUCAGUAGGUUAUAUACAUGUACGUGCUCGAACAAAAAUCAAACCCAAUUUACUUGAAAUCGGCUGGUAGUUGAGGCGCGAAAUUCAGAUCAUUUUUUCUUAGGCUUCCAAACAGUGUUGCAUUCUUGGAAGAAGUGUUAACGGGCAUAACCAGUUUGACCCGUGUGUCGCGACCGGCUCAAUAAGGAUGAUGGGAAUAAUAAGAAAGAACGGUAGCAAUGGUGCAGUAGAAGCAGCAGUGGUAGUAGAUAGCAGCAUUAGUAAUGGCACAAUGUGCCAUCAUCUGGCGCGUAACAAUGAAAAGUAGUAAUACAGUCGUGGAUUGGCAAUGAAUAAAUAACAGUAGCGGUAAUUGAUAAAACGACAAAGAGAUGGAAUUUCCGGAUUGAAGGAAAGGAUUGUACCACGUGGAUCGCGUGGCCAUUUCGCAGGUGUCUCGUCGACGAGUUGAAAAGGGAUCGCUUCUCCAAGAACGAGCAGUAGAAAUAAUAAUAAUCAUUGACGCCAGG